GAGAAAGAAGACUGACAGAUUCUAACUAGUUGACAGUACUACAGAGAAGAUCAGGUUAAUCAGAAAGAGGUUAGAAGCAGCUCAGGAUAGUUACAGGAAGUAUUUUGAUCGAAAGUACAAGUUUGUGGGAUUUAAAGUUAUAGAUUAUGUCUAUUUGAAAGUCAGUUAAUAAAGGGUGUUGGGCCUCACUUGUUCUUCUUCUGGGUGUGAGCGAAAUUGGAGUACAUAUAGUCAAGUGCAAACAAAGAGAAGAAAUCGACUAUCUACACUCAGAAUGAACUCCCUCGUAUACAUAAUGCACAAUAAGAGGUUAAGAGAUAGGAGGUUGAGGAAUAAGGGGUUGAAAGAUGAUGAAGACCCGUUGGUGUGUGAUGAUCUGUCGUCUGAUAAUGAGUGGUUCAUAGAUGAUGAGGCAGAUUUGUCAUUAUCAGACUUACAGGUAGAAGAUCUAAAUGUGGAUGUAUUGAGGGGCGAAGCAGAUCAAACGGGUACAUCCACUAGUACUACACCACACACAUCUACUAGCUCUGCAAGUAAAGGGAAGAGAAAAGUGAGUCAUGUUGAAGAUGAAGAUGACAUGGCAUUCAUAGAUACAAUUGGAGAAGAAGAUUCACUUGAAGACUGAUAUUUUAUGAUGGGAUAUGAUUUCAUUUUAUAUAUUUUCUGUAUUUUGAGAGUUUUGUUAAAC